AUGGAUAAUUAUAAAGUAUCGAUAACAUAUAAGACUGUAAAAUCAAACUUGGUCAAUUUACCAUCGAAUUUGACUAAUUUAUUAUUCACGGCCAAUAUCCAAGUUCAAGAUGUAAUAAUUGAAAUAGUAGUACCGUCAUCCAAUAAGCAACAAAAGCAACCUAGCAAGUAUUAUGCUGGCUGGUCCGGGAUGUCUUCGAACAAAAUUCAAACAUUAGAAAUUGAUCCAAUAUUUGCACAAUCCUUGAACAUACUGGAUAAAUCACAAGUAAUUGUAAAUUUAAAGAUUGGAAAUUAUGAAGCAACAAAUAUUAAUCUCGAACCAGUGACUAGCUCAGACUGGGAGAUAGUCGAGUUAAAUGCUCAGUUAAUUGAAGAUAAAUUGUUAAAUCAAAGUAGAUGUGUUGCAUUGAAUCAAAUUUUAGUAGUUUAUCCAAAUGCUACUACUUCAGCAAAGUUAAUUGUUACUGAUAUUGGAAAUAAUGAACAUAAGUAUGCAAAAAUAUCUCCAUAUUGUGAAAUAGCGAUCGCUCCAAAAGUGAGGCAAAAGAAAGAAGUAAGUGCAGAUGAUAAGAGUGUGACUAGUCUGAAAAGCUUAUCUAAAAAAGAAGAUUACAAUGGAUUACCACUGGUUUUGAAAAGAGGGAUUAGUUUGCCACACCAUUUGUAUGAGGAUGUUGAAGUGGCCGAUGGUUAUAAAGUAUACAUGAAUUUGAGUACUUUACCAAAAGGAUUUGAUUCAUACGUCGCGGUGUCAAUAGUAUCCGGUCCUAACGACUUGAAGAAUAAUUUGGAGACUGAAAAUGAUGUCAAAGAGAAUAAGCGUAUCAUAGCAAAAUUAGUGAGUCAUGAUAGUUCAAGCAAUAACAUAGGUCUUUCUAAGGAUUUAUCGAUUGCGUUAAAUGUAUUUAAUCAAACAGGUAAUAUAGUGGUUUUAAAACCAGCCAUAAAAAAUUUACCAAAACGUCCAACAACCAUUGUCAUAUAUCCUUACGUCACAAAUUCCAAUAAGAAGAAGGAAAUUAAUCAAACCAAGAAUAAUAAAUUGAUACAACAAUUAACAGAUGCGUUUUAUCCUAGAAUAUCAACAUUGCCGAUUACUAAUUUUAUGAAAAUACCCAGCAUUCCAGGAAUUUUGCCACAUGGUGGGAUACUAAGAUUCAGGAAAAAUGAAAACUACAAUGCUUGGAUAAAACCUUAUGAUCUAAACACCAAAAAACCAAUCAAAUUAGAGCUUGGUGAAGAAUUAUUGAGACCACAAUCAUUUAUACAAGAUCAUUACGAAAAACCGCAAGUGCCAGAAGAUGAACCUAUUGGGGUUGAGUCAGCUAUAGAUGAUUUAGUAGAUUCAUUUGUCAUAUCCGAAAACACGGGUACUUUGGUCUAUGGUAAUUCUGGUAGUGGUAAAACAAUGUAUUUAAAACAAAUAAGCGAUAAAUUGAAUCAAGAAUAUGGAUUUUUCACUAAAUUUGUAUCAUGUGAAACAUUAAUGAACGAAAAUUUUCAAAACCUUUCAAAAAAUCAUAUCUUCAAAUGGUUACAGCAAUGUUCAUGGAGUCAACCUUCAUUGUUAGUUUUGGAUAAUGUAGAUAAAAUUAUGAAUAUUGAAAUGGAAAAUAUGGAUGCAACAAAAUCAAACCAAACAACUGAGUUUUUCAUAUCUCAAUUAGGUAAAUUACAUAAUCAACAAAAUUCAAAUAUUUCAAUUCUUUUGUCAGCAAGUUCAAAAGAAAGUAUUAAUAAGUUAUUGUUAGGAAGUCAUUUAAUUGAGAACUUUUAUCAUAUAAAUGCUCCAGAUAAAUCAUUACGAUUUAAAAUUUUGGAAAAACAAUUGACUAAUAAAUUACAAUGUAAACUUCAAGUAGAUUUGAUGGAUUUAGUCAGUGAAACUGAAGGAUACUUACCAAACGAUUUGAAAAUUUUAUGUGACAGAAUUUAUCAUCAAUCAAUAUCGUCACCUUCUGAAUCUGAAGAAGAUGAAAACAAAAAUAUAGUAGAUUCAACUCAUGUUACCAAGGCAUUAGAGAAUUUUACUCCAUCAAGCUUGAGGGGAGUUAAGUUACAGAAAUCAGGUACCAGCUGGACAGAUAUUGGUGGACUCAAAGAAGCUAAAAAUAUUUUGCUAGAGACUUUAGAAUGGCCAACUAGAUAUGCUCCAAUUUUUGCAAAUUGUCCCUUAAGAUUGCGAUCGGGUAUUUUACUUUAUGGAUAUCCCGGAUGCGGUAAAACAUUGCUAGCUAGUGCAGUUGCCGGACAAUGUGGUUUAAAUUUCAUAUCCAUUAAAGGUCCAGAAAUCUUGAAUAAAUAUAUUGGUGCAUCUGAACAAAGUGUAAGAGAAUUAUUUGAGAGAGCACAAGCUGCAAAACCAUGUAUUCUUUUUUUUGAUGAGUUUGAUUCUAUUGCUCCUAAAAGAGGUCAUGAUUCAACUGGUGUAACUGAUAGAGUUGUUAAUCAAAUGUUGACGCAAAUGGAUGGUGCUGAAGGUCUAGAUGGUGUUUACGUGUUAGCCGCAACGUCUCGACCUGAUUUAAUUGAUAGUGCAUUAUUAAGACCUGGAAGAUUGGAUAAAAGUGUCAUUUGUGAUAUGCCAAAUUUCGAAGAUAGAUUGGACAUAUUGGUAAGUAUAACGAAUAAGAUGGAUUUAAGUGAUGAUGUUGAUUUAAGUAUAAUUGCAAAAGAAACAAAUGGUUUUAGUGGUGCUGAUAUGCAAGGUUUGGGAUAUAACGCAUAUUUGAAAGCAGUACAUGUCAGACUAGAAGCUAUAGAAGCAGAAGAAAAUUCAAAACAAGAUAGUUCAAAUAAUGACGACUCAUCCAUUGAGUUUUUCAAAGUAAGCAGUGAUGAAAAGAAUCUCAAGAUGAAAAACACAGAAAGAGUUAAAUUAUUACACCAAAUUCAACAAUUCACAUCAAAUGAAGACCGAAUGAGGCUUAAAGAUUCCAACAACAAUGACAAAAUUUCCGAAGCGCCAAAAGUUUUAAUUACUCAAGCUAAUUUCAUUGAUUCAUUAAAAGAAACUAAACCUUCAAUAUCUUUGACUGAAAAAAUGAAAUUGAAAAAAAUCUAUUCCCAGUUUAUUGAUAGUAGAGAUGGUAAUUUACCAGAUGGAACCCCUAGUAACGAAAUUGGUGGUAGAACUACGUUGAUGUAA